AAAGACAUGAGGACAGACUGUUUGUCUGCGGAGGACAGCAACACACACUGCAGCACCACCAGCAGCAGGGGGCAGCGGGUGGAUGAUGAUGACUUUCAUGAUGUCAGCAGACUUCCUGAUACUGUGGUGGUCGAUCAUCCGAGCUCUGACAUCAUCGAACGUCUAACGGAGAAAAACCUUAAAAAACAUACAGAGGCUCUGAAACAGCUGGAUACUGAACUAACAGAACUCACUCAGGUGUGUGAGACUCAGGUGAGGACCGUCAGUCAGGAGUUGCUGUCCUCUCUGCAGGAGGUGGACCUCAGACUGGACUCACUGAAGGACAGAAUGGAGCAGCUGGAACACCUGGAUCAUGAGGUGUGUGGUCUCUGGGAGCAGGUGGAGGAGGAGGUGAAGCUGAAGAAGAAGAGAAUCAUGGAGCUGGACCACAAACUGACUGAAUCUGAGACUCAACGAACAAAUGAGAUCAGAGCUGUGCUCAGGAAGUACUGCCACCUGCUGCUUCCACCUGACGUCUACACAUUGAUCCACACUGAGGCCACGGUGUUGAAUCAGUCUCUGCUGGUGAAUCGUCGCAGCGCCGCCCGUCUGCUGCUGCUCCUCAAGGAGGACAACCUGCAGCAGGAGUCACUUCUCCGUCUGCGCUGGGAGGACUGUCUAAGCCGCUGGAGGAGGAGCAGAGUCACCGAGGUCAUAGACCGCUUCACGAGUCUCUGCAGCAGUGGUAAAGAUCAGCAGCUGACCUCAGUUCAGCAGAUGAAACAAACUCAGCAAGAUCUGACAGAACAGCGUCGUGCCCUCAUCUACAGGAUCUGCUCCCUGGUCCCGCCCACCUGCUCCACUGCUCUGGUCUGGGAUUGGUUCAACCAGCUGACAGCUGUCAAUCAAAAGAUCGACAGUCUUCAUGCUGACCUCCUCCAUCAGCUCCGUUGUUGUUAUGAACAGACAUGGCAGGAUCAACUGGCUGAGGUGCGGCAUUGUCAGGAGGCGCUCUCAGCUCUACAGCUGUCAGAGGAGGAGGUGAACGACGUUGUGAGCUCUCAGCUCCUCGCUCUGAUUGGACGAAGUCAGAGUCAGGAUGAAGAGCGACUGUCUGCGUUAGAUGUGUGCUGUGACUCUGUGGCCUGUCAUGCUCUCAGCCUCACCAGGUGUGUGUUUGUUGUGAUACGAGGAGCGACGUUGCUAUGGGAGACGCACAGCAGCAGGUUAGAGAGCAGAGAAAAAGAAAUGCAGCAACACCUGGACAACCUCCGACACUCACAGCAGCAACACAUACAGAGGAAGAAGGUGCGUCUGGAUGACCUGUUGGCUGGACUCCGUCAGGAGAGCAGUGAGGACACCCUGAAGACGUCUCUGGACAAAACUGUCCUGUACCUGCAGGACGUCAAACACAGCUGCAGACAGUGUGUCUCUGAUCAGUGGGAGGUGUUGGAGCAUCUCCCCUCUGUCUUUCUGGAGGAGCUCCUCUCCUACAGCAGCAGCCUCAGCUCAUUCUACCGACUCAAAUAUACCUAUGCACCGGCGGAGUACUCUCUGCUGGAUCUCUGUGACAUCAGCAGCUAUGUCAAGUUUAUAUCGUCAAAGGGCGUGACCUAUACUGGCCCCGCCUUCAGUUGCCCAGCCCCCGACCUGCCGGACGACCUGGAGCAAAAAACACACCUGAGCCUGUUUCCUGUGGAGCUGCUCACACACACACUGAGCAGGACUCGGACCCUGUUCCUGGAUCACCUGGAGCAGCAUUUCUGUGACGUCCUCAGCUCCUCCUUUGCCAUGGUAACAGACAGGAAAGAGGCGGUGUCUUUGGAGCAAGAGCUCCAACUGCAGCAGCUGGACUCCCAGCACAUCCAGACCCACAUAUACCAACCCCGCCUGGCUGAGCUGCAGCUCCACCAGCGAUAUGUGGAGGUUCACUGUGAGGAGGUGCUGGACGUGUUGACUUCCUGCAGGACGGAGCUGCAGCACCUGCAGACCUCCAUCAGCAGGAGGAACCUGGAGUUCACCGUCACUCUGUCCAACAUGGAGGACGGCGUCCGGACGGCUAGCAGCAGCCAACGGCUAGAGGCUGUAAGCUCCUCCCUGCAGGACUGUGUGGAUCAACACGUCAAAGACACCCAGAGCUGUCAGACCAGCUUCAGACAGACAGUGCAGAUCCGACUGGAGGGGGUCAGACAAAGAACGACACAGCUCCUCAGCUCCUUCAGGUUGUUCAGUGAAGGAGGAGAUUUCUCUCCUCAUGAGGUGAAGGUGUUGAAGAGGAGGUUGACGGAGGAGACCAAACACAUCAAUGUGACAGAGGAGUCCAUCUGCUCUGAGCUGGACAGGUUCGAGUCCAGGAGUCUACAGCAGGUGAAGGAGGUGUCGGGGAGGUUUGAGGAGAAACUCUCCUUCAUGAAGUCUGAGGUGACAUUCAUGGAGAAGAUCCAGAGAGUGAUCAACAGCUCCCAGGUUCACAUCAAGGCUGAGGCAGCCUUCAGUAACCAGCAGCAGAUAGUGAUCAGUAGCAGGUUGGAGGAAGUGAAGAAGAUGAUGGAGAACACACAGGUGUCUCCAGACCAGGUGUGUUCUGUCCUGUCUUCAGUCAAUGAGGCCUUGAUGAAGCGCUGUCAGUAUCUGGACUUUGGACUGGUAGGUCUCCUCUUGUAUCUGGUCCACAUUUACUCUCUGCUGUCUACCUGGUUUUGUCUGGACCACCACCUGUCUGUAGCUCCUGUCCACCUGGACUACUUCCUGUUUAACUCUGUCCACCUGGGUCACAACCAGUGUGUUGUCUUUGUGUUGUGGACCCCCCCACCGCAGGAGGGCCUCACUUUGUCAGCUCGUUCUAAGUCCAGGAAGGAGGUCAGGUCUGCCCCACCUGCUGGUCUACUGGAGGUGAGCAGGACAGGUGUGGACCUCCUUGAUGACCCUGUUGUGGACAUCAUCAAGUCCCUGAACAGGUUCUGUGUGAUCCAGGAGGGUCCAGCAGAGACAUCAAGACCAGCUGCUGCUCAGAGUCCAGUCCACCGUCCUCAACUGAGAUCUGCUGAGUCUGUCAGUGCACUGAGGGGGGGCUGCAGGUCCAUCAGGGCCGACAGGAGGUUCCAGGUUUUUGGACCCAAACCAGAAACAGAACAGAACACACACUCCUUCAGCUCCACAGUGAACUCAGUGCUGUGGAAGACCAAUGACGUCCUGCUGUUGGCUGCAGAGGACUUUUACCGCCGCGAGUGUCUUGGCAGGUUCCAGCUGCUUCCUGAUUCUCUGGACCAAUGGGCUGACAGCAUGCAGCGAAGGCUGCUGGGAUACCAGGAGCAGGCCAGGAGGCUUCUGAGCACCAGCAGAGAGGACCUGGUGGACCAGCUGUCUGUGUUGGACGGCCUGCUUCAUUCGUUCCCUGCAGUGUUGAUCAGUAACUAUGAGCAACAGCAGGAGGCGGAGCUCAGAGAGGAGGUGGGCGGAGUGAGAAGGAAGCUGGAGGAGAUUCUGACAGCCAGCGAGCAGGAGAAGACUGUCAACUUGCAUCAGCUGCGAGUGUCAGUGGGGGGGGGCAAGCUGCAAACAGUGAUCAGCAGAGAGGAGGGGAGACAGGAGAGGCUGCACAGCGCCGUCUGCUGCUCACACCUGGAACUACAGGAGUGUGUGCGAGUCCGGGGGGAGGAGUUUGUGACAUUACUGGCGUCUUUGACGGAGAAGCUGCUCUGUCAGCUGGACGACCUGCUCACACCUGCAGAAACCAAGGCAGCGUCCCACCAGCACUCUGAAGACAGCACUCUUACCAUGGAGACAGGAACAGACCCAGGACAGAGAUCCUGCACAGGAAACAGGACCUGGUCUGGGAUUUCGUACCUGACCCCACCCACCAACAUCACUGAUGACCUGUCAUCCUCUGUUACCACAGCAACAACAGCUUCCAUCACCGCAACCAGUUGCACCCUGGGACAUCUGACUGUUAUAGAACAGAGAGACAAAGCUGUGAAGCGAUUUGAACAGCUGUUCAGGUCGGAGUUGCUACGUUCAGAUGAUGACAAACGAAACCAACUGAGGAAAAUACAGAACUGGAACACACACUGGAGACAAGAGAUACACUCUCUGAAACACACACACUGACACAUAACGGCUGCAGCUGAUUGGCUGUUUGCUGUGUAACCUGUGAUGUCACCAACUGUUCUGAUGUUUGAUAAUAAACGACAAGAAAAAGAGUGUCCUGUAGGUGGUGUUUAUUUGUCGUUCCACUCGUCAUCAGCGAGGAGAGCAGGAGGAGGAGAACAGAAGUGUGUACACGGAGCAGCAUGCUCAUUUGUGCGGUAUCAUGCAGUAAGGUCGUCCUCUGAUCAAAAUCAUCUUCAUUCUCCCGGGUCGCUCCAUAUCCACU